GGUGCGCCCCCUGGUGGCGCGGGCGGGGAGCGGACGCCGGGGCCGGGGCCGAGGCCGGGACCGGGACCGGGACCGGAACCGGGUCAGCCCGGCUCUAGACCCGCCCAUGCCCUGCCGCAUCGCAGCCCGCGGGGAACGUCUGACCCUUCCCGCUCCGCCCCAGUGUCUAUCACUCUCCCGGAGGGGGCCGAGUCAGCCCCCGGUCCAGUAGCCCGGUCCCGGGGAGCCCCCGGCCUUGGCAGCGGGAGAGCGGCUGCGCCCCCGGCUGGUCCCUGCCGGAGAGGGGGCUCUGAGCGUCCCCCCUGAGUCCGGUCGCCGAGGCCCGUCCCCGGGCGCUGCCGGGGCGCACGGUCCCCGCGGGGCCGCCCGGGCUCAGCCCACCGGGGCCCGGGCCGGAGCGCCGCCCCGCCGCCGCCGCCGCCGCUUCCGGGGCGGGUGAGGGGUUUCCUGCGGGGAGGUUGCGGCCGCGGCGGCCCUGGUGCUGCUCCCGGCCCGGCCCGGCCCGUCCAGCCGCCGGGAUGAUCAACGCCAUCUUGGUGUUCAACAACCACGGCAAGCCGCGGCUCGUCCGCUUCUACCAGCACCUGGCAGAGGAGGUCCAGCAGCAGAUAAUCCGGGAGACUUUCCACCUGGUGCUGAAGCGGGAUGACCACAUCUGCAAUUUCCUGGAGUGCGGCAGCCUGUUUGGCGGCUCGGACUACAAGCUGAUCUACCGCCACUACGCCACGCUGUACUUCGUCUUCUGCGUGGACUCCUCGGAGAGCGAGCUGGGCAUCCUGGACCUCAUCCAGGUGUUUGUGGAGACGCUGGACAAGUGCUUUGAGAAUGUCUGCGAGCUGGACCUCAUCUUCCACAUGGACAAGGUUCACCACAUCCUGCAGGAGGUGGUGAUCGGCGGCAUGGUGCUGGAGACCAACAUGAACGAGAUCGUGGCGCAGGUGGAGGCCCAGAGCAAGCUGGAGAAGGCGGAGGGAGGCCUCUCGGCCGCUCCUUCCCGCGCAGUCUCGGCUGUGAAGAACAUCAACCUACCAGAGAUCCCUCGCAACAUCAACAUCGGAGACAUCAACAUCAAAGUGCCCAACCUGUCACAGUUCAUGUGAGCGUCCCGCGGCGGGGAGGGCUGCCCGGGCACGGGCUGUGGCCUGGGCUGGCUGGGGAGAGGAGCUGGGCUCUGCUGGGCUCCCCCUGCCCGCUCUGGGUCUCUGCCCCCGCGGCACACGGAGAGCCCGGCGUGCUGCUGGGGUGCCGGGCUGGCUGGCAGAGGGUAGGGAGCGGUGAUGGGGCUCAGCGGGAGCUGAGGUGGUGGUGCUGCCUGUCUGUCCGUCACCUUGGACCUGGGCUCGGCUCCGCUCUCUGGUUUCCCAACAAGGGUGGCCUUUCUUCCCCUCCCUCCUCCCUCCCUGUGGAUGCCCAGCAUCUCCCCUCACAGGGGAAGAGCCAGUUCCUGCCUCUCCCAGCACGUCUUGGGAUUCCUGGUUGUAAAAAUGCACCUGUAGCUGAUGGUUCCUGCAGGAGCCACAGGUUGUCAUCUCCUCCAUCCUCCCCGGGACGGACUGUCCCCUGCCCCGCAUCCCUGCGCCCGCCCUGGUCCUGCUCGUGGGGUCUGGCUGGGGGUGGAACCGGCCUGGUCAGGGCUGCUCAUGGGGCAGCUGCGAGGGCUGGAGCUGGGGCCAGCGCGGGUGGAACCUGCUGGAGCGGGGGGUGCUGGCAGCGAGGGGGGGCCGCCUGCUGGGCUGGCAGGGCUGGGGCCAGGCUGGGGCCUGCUGG